AUGGAGGCUGAGCUUGGACAUUACUUCCUCGAGGGCUUUCGGCAGUCCCAUUCCCCGAGGACCGAAUCGCCCCAGCUGCCUGGAGAGGACGAGGCCCCUCAGGCCGAGCUGCCAGCUUCCGCUGUUUGCUUGGCUCCGCCUCCAGCUCCUCUGGAGCAGUGCGCAGUGGGGGCGUUGGCAAGUGGGUCCAGCGAUUCACAGGUCCUCGUGAUCGACUCCUUGCAGGGGGCACGGCAGGAAAUCCAGGUAGAUGCUGCGCCGGAGCAGGCGGAAGUUUCGGACGGAGAGGCCGCGGCCAUCCUCCAGUCUGAUGAUGAAGCGCUGCUUCUGGGCGAAGUCGUUGAUGGUACCCUGAGAACCAGGAAACGAACUGACGCCGGCUUUGACAGUGACUCGGGCAGCGAGACGCCGCGCACGGCCGAAGCUCCUCUGGAGGCGUCCCCUUCGCCUCCAGGAGGCGAGGAUCCGCUUCCGCAGAUGCCAAUCCCCCUGCCGCAGAUGCCCGGUGUGAAUCUGCAACCUGCGCUGGCCCGUGCAAACAGCUCCACGAUCUCUGGGGUGAACUUGGAGGGGAAGAUCGGUGCGCUGCCGAUGCUGUUGCCGCAGCUGCCCCCCUCCGAAGAGUACCUGGAGGAGAUAGAUCAGCAGAUCGAGAGCUUGCUGGAAAGGUUCUUCAAUGAUGCUACAUCAUGGUCCUCGAUAGAGCAGCAGGCCGCCAGUGUUGCACGCUCUCUGGAAUCUUCCAAAGUACCACCAGGCGACGUGCAAUACUUCCGGAUCAAGGUACCUUCGCCUUAUCCCGGCGUUCAGUAUCGGCGGUCCAUGUGCUUGGAUGACAGGUAUGGGCACUAUGCGAAGCAGGGCCAGGUAGUAGAAGGCGUCGUUGAUGGGCAGUGGCUCCGAAUUUCCGGCAAGAUCUUUCUGCCACUCACGGCCUCGCUUCCGGACCCGGAGGUCGGCUUCGUCUCCAUCCUGGAGCCCAUCACGAAGAAGGAGCGGGACCAGGAGCGGGCUGCCCGGGCGAACUCCGGGGCGGGCGAAAGUCCUUCAAGCUUCCAGGCCAUCCCCUUCGAUCUGGAGGAGGGCGGUCCCCGCACGGUCACCGCUCGGGCUCUCCCCGAAGCCAUCUGCACCGCGCCGCUCCAAGAUCCCGAUGCACUGAGCGAGUUCUGCAAGCAGAACCCCAUCAAUGCCUUCGGGGACACGCCCCGCGGUUCGCGAUGCACCUCCCCGCAGCCCGGCGCGCAGGUGUCGAUGCGCGACGUGAUGACCUCGUGA